AUCGAUUCGACAUCACAGAGGAAAUGGAGUAGAAGUGAAGUAUUGGAUUCGUGUCUCAAUUUCGCGUAUUUUCUCGUAAAUGACUGCAAACUCACAAAAGGAGAUAUCGUUUGCUUCGUCACCAAUAAUAACGACAUUCACGGCAUCGGUAUUCUCGGGGUUCUGGCGGCCGGAGAUGAAAUCAAACAAACGAUGCGCACAAUUAAAGCCAAUAUAUUAAUAGGCAUUUCAGACAACUUUAUGUUAUUGACUAAAAUGAGAUCACAAUUUGAUUGCAUAAAAAAAGUAUUGGUUUUCAAUGAAAUAACUAAAACUCAACUCAACCUCAACUGUCCAACCGUGGAGUCGGCGCUACAAUCGGUGCGUUUGGAUGACACGGACCUCCCGGUGCGCACCGGUCUCGACGAUACGGCAACACUGGUUAUGAGCAGUGGUUCGACGGGAACUCCGAAAGCUAUUAUACGAACAAAUCGUAAUCUAUUGGCUAUUAUGGCGAUAACACAACACCCGGAGGUAUGUCCGCUCACGAGCGCCGACAUCAUGUUCUCGUCAGACUUUUAUCAUGUCUGCGGUCAGCGAAGCCUACUGUCCACCAUACAUGCCGGCGCUCAGUUAGCCAUUUGCGAGGAUAUUCAUAAUAGCGAGAAAAAUUUAAAAUGCAUACAUGACCUGAAUGUGACCACGGUGUUCACAGUGCCCACCGAAUUGAAUUUUAUAAUUAAAUAUAAUGACAAAUACGACAAAACUUAUCUCAAAAGUCUGAGAGACGUGUUGAGUGGCGGCGCUGUCCUCACAGGGAAUACCUAUCGGAAAACUAUGUGUGGUUGGGUGACCAAUGUCUAUUUGAGUGACAGUAAAACGAUUACCAAUUAUGAAACCAUUGGGAAAGUGAACCCCGGAAUUGAGAUCAAGAUUAUAGACAGUGAGGGCCAGUCAUUACCCAGGGAUACAACCGGACAGAUAUGUAUCCGUGGAGAUAAUAAUAUUCUGGUGACACACGAGUCGGUUGUGAAUGCGGCGGUCAUUGGUGUCGAUGACUCGGAGGACGGGGAGGUGCCCAUGGGGUUUGUCACCGUCAGGGGUGGCCGUGCUGUUGGGGAACAGGAGCUCAUUGAUUACGUGAAUAAACGGGUCAAUAAUAUCAAGCAAAUAAGAGGUGGAAUUAUCAUUAGAUGA